GCGUCCCGGCGCGCGCCGCGGCUCUGAGGAGGACUGCGCAUCACCAGAGUUGGUGCCGAAGUUCGGCCGCGAACGGAUGUGAGGGAAGAAGUGUACCGAGUGAAACUCCCCCACUUCUUUUUCCUCGUCUCUCACCGCUCCGGCGUUUGUGUUUGCUGAGACAAUAGUGAGCCAAAGCCGCGGAAAGUGGUUUCAUGCCUUCAGUCUCGCACAGCCUGAGAUGGACGUGAGAUUUUAUCCUGCGCCCCCGGCAAAUGUGGGUUCAUGCUCUCUACCGACUGAUCCAAGUUGCCUGAGCUCGCUGGACUAUUAUCACUCGAACAAGGCGCGGUACAGUGUGGGUGAACGAGGGGUUAGACUCCACACUGCCCCCCCUUCAGGCAUCUAUCCAUCUAGGAAAAGACUGCCCACUGCUGUGUUUGAUGGUGACAACAUGUACAUGAAUGACAAUAACCAAGAGUUUCGGUCGCCAAACCAGAGCUACUCCAGUCAGGGCAGAGGUAGCAACGGCGGCGGCGGCGGAGGAGGGGGAGCGGGCGACGAAGACUACGAUCCCCCCAUCACACCUCCGAACCACGCCGACCCUUCCCUGCUGCACCUCAUGGAGCACGAGUCAGGGUACCCUUUCCAUUCCCUGCCUCACAACGGCCUGCUCAACACCUACUCCUACCCCGAGCUGCCCGCCCUCAUGAUGUCCAACAUGCUGGGUCAGGACUCUCACCUCCUCUCUGGGCCUAUGCACUCAAUAAGCAGUGAGAAGCGAGCCUCGGCAGAAAUGAUGAAGCCCAAACCCAAACCUCAAAAGAAGAAGAAGAAGGAUCCCAACGAGCCGCAGAAGCCCGUGUCGGCAUACGCGCUCUUCUUCAGAGACACCCAGGCAGCUAAAGGGCAGAACCCCAACGCCACCUUCGGGGACGUCUCCAAGAUCGUGGCGUCCAUGUGGGACAGCUAGGAGAGGAGCAGAAGCAGGGCUUACAAGAGGAAAACUGAGGCGGCUAAGAAAGAGUACCUGAAAGCCUUGGCGGCGUACCGAGCCAGUCUGGUUUCCAAGACAUACAACGACCCUGAACCAAGUGCCCAGCAGACCAGCCAGCCCUCCCACCUGCUGCCCCCGAAGCAGCCCCUGUACAGCGUGCCCCCCCAGCCCUCCUCGCCCUACCUGGGCCCGCCGGGCUCCUUCCCCCUGUCAGACCUCCAGAGCUACGGCGGCCCGCCGCGCCACACCCUGGCCCCGGCCCUCAGCCAGUCCCAGAUGCUCCCGCCCAGCAUGAGUGCCUCUCCCCCCGCACCCUUCCAGAUCAGCCCCCCCCUGCACCCGCACGCCCAGCUCUCCCUGCACCAGAGCUCGCUGCUCAACCAGCCAAUCCGCAUGCAGCAGUCGCAGCCAAUCAUCUCGCACCAAAUGGGGCUCCAGGCACCUCUGCACUCCCCUCCUCUCAGCCAACAGGGAUUCUCCCAUAUCCAGGCUGAUUACCAGAACAGCGUCGGGGGCUCACAGUCUCCAGGGGCCCCCAAUCCAGUGCAUGGCCAGAACCCCGACUGGGAUGGCGAGUACUGCAACAGAGACUGUGGACCCAACCAUUGCGGCAGUGGCAUGGGAGCUCGGGACAAGCCUCUCUACCUCACUUGAAGUUGAAAGACCUCCAAAUGUCAGACUCCAGGGAGCUUUCCUACAUAACAACAACAUCAUCGAUGUAUCUGCUUCUACACCAUUCUCUUCUUCUUUUUUCUUUUUUUUUCUUUUUUUCUGAUGGAUUUUGAAAAUCCCAAAGACUGCUACAGUAACUUCACCUAUUUGCCAAGCACUUAGAUCGGCCAGAAGCCUGAGGCAUCGCGCUUGCUUUUUUUUUUUUUUUUUUUUCUUAUCAGCGAACUUUCCAUUUUUUGAGAGGGCAGCGAGCUUUAAGCUCAUGCCAGCAUUACUGGAAAUGAAGACCAAAAAAAAAAAAAGAAAAGAAAAAAAAUGUCUUCUCAUUUUGUUUUGAUUUAUUUUUGAUUUUUUUUUUUUUUUUGAAAAUGAUUUUUUCCUCCUUUUUCACUCCCAUUACUCUGUUUGCCAUGGACUGCCCUUAUUGGGGAGAUGAAACGCUCAAAGCGUCUCGGAGCGUAGCCGUCUCGAGUAGAGAAUCUAGUGCAGGAAAAGGAGAAUCUAGGCAGCUCACCGGGGGUGUUUGUACUUCAGGACAGACUGAAACGCCCCGGCUGAGAGAAAGCAAAGCAACAUUUCGAGGAAGGUAUACUCAUACACACACACACACAUAAGACAUUUGUAAAUCAUCCCCGACCUUAGUAACGGACUCCCCCGUUUCCUUUAUUUAUCACAGAGUGAUUGUAAAUAUCACCAAAAUGGAUUCCUCUGAUGUGUGUAUUUAACUGAAGUCCCUUGCGUUUUUUUUUUUCAUCCAUUUUUUUUUUUUUGUGAUUUUUUUUUUUUUUUCUUUUUUUCUUCGUGCAGGCGGAUUCAGAGAGGGAAAUACACACACUAAAACUCAUGUUGAAACUAUGUUCACUGGUCUCGUUUCUCUCCAAAGGCGGGGGACUCGCAAAGGACUGACAGUGCUCAGUUUUUCCUCCUCCAGUGGCGGAGCUCUGAUCUCCUCACGCCGGCCUCAGGACGUUACAGAACUGUAGGGGGUCAAAGAUUGAAACCUCUCCUUUUAGCUCCUCCCACUCUCGGUCAGUAAGGACCGCCCCCCCCCCCCCCCCCUCCUCCACCUGUAACCCCGCCCACCAUCCCUUAGCCCCAACACCACUUGUACAGGUGAAUAAAAAAAGUUGCUAAAUGUGAAAUGUUACUAAAGAAAAAA